UAAAAAAGAAGAUUAUUUUGUAGACUAUUCGAAAAACAUAAGAAAUAUUAAUAUAUUAAGAAUACAAAAUGAUCCUAAAGGUGCUUUUGAUUUUAUUAAUAAUUGGAACUAGCAGUGGAAUUCAGAUAAAUAAGAGAAGCGUGGAUUUAUCAGCCUCACAAGCUCUUAUUUCUGAUGUCAGACUCCCAAAAGAUGUUAUUCCUGAGAAUUAUGAGCUUCGGCUGUAUCCCAAUAUUGACGAUUGCACUUUUGAAGGAAAUAUGAAAAUGAAUAUCUUUUGGAAAGAGGAUUCAAAAAAAAUCUCGUUUCACGCACAUUAUGAUCUUCAAAUAUUUAAUAUUACAAUUAAAAAACUAAAUGAAAGUCAAAUGGUUGAUAAAAAUUUAGAUAUAUUACGGACGGACCAAUCCAGGAAAACAAGCAUUUUUGUUAUAUACUUGAAAGAAGUCAUGAAAAAAGGCACAAAGUGCUUAAUAGAAUUAAACUUUAACGGACAAAUAUAUUUUGAAACAGAGGGUUUGUUCAAGAGUUCUUACGUGGAAGCAGAAGGUAAUCAAACGAAAGAAUAUUUAGCUACAAAUAUGAGGCUUCUUAAUGCACGUAGAUUGUUUCCGUGUUUUGACGAACCAGCUUUUAAGGUGCCAUUUACUGUUUCAAUAAUAAGGCCGAAGAAAUAUACAACGUUAUUUAAUACUCCGCUGGUUCAAACGACAUCGCUAGAUGAUAAUAAUGAUAUUGACCAGUUCGAAAAGACGUGGCCUAUGUCAACCUAUGCUUUCGGAUUCAUAAUUAUACAGUUACAAAAAUUUGAUCAUCCAAAUGAAACAUUAUUAGAAACUGAUUUUCCCACAAUAAAUCUGUGGGCAACUUCACAAAAUCAAUUAAAACUCGAGAAUAUGUAUGCAAAGCUCCGUCGAGUUUAUUUGCAAAUACAAAUUUAUCUCAAUACAACAGUUCCAUUGUCUAAAAUUGAUGUGGUCGCUAUUCCCAAAUUGGUAUCCGUUCAAACACUAAAUAAUUGCGGAUUAUUGGUGUUCCAGGAAAACGAAAUUUCGCAAAAUGGAUAUUUAACUCUGGCACAACAGUUUAUACAGCAGUGGAUAGGGUGCUGCGUAUCACCACACUGGUGGAAUGAUUUUCACAUAAACAAAGCCUUGGCGAAUUUUGUUGCUGCGGAAAUGUCUUUUGACAUUGACACCGGUUUAGAAUUAAAUGGAAUGUAUCCGAUGACUAAAUUGUAUACCUUGUAUUAUGAAUUAAGUAAACGGUUCCCACACUCCAAAAUUACUGGAAUGAAGCAAGAAUCGAUUUCAUAUAAAACAGAACUUCUUAUACGUAUGUUGAAUUUUACACUCAGUCAAAACACGUUUAGGUGUGGGUUGAGAAGAUUUAUAACAGAACACAUGUACGGGACAUUUACAGGUGUGAAUUUAUGGGAUAGUUUAACGCAACAGGCAUUUUUCGAUAAUACAUUAAGUAAAGAUUUAAAUGUAGUAAAUAUUGCCGAGUCAUGGAUUCUAAAAGACCGUUUACCAGUUAUUAAAAUUAUCCGUAACUAUGCCAACAAUAACGCAAAAGUAACACAGACUGUUUACUUAAGAGAACGCCCGCAUGAUGUACCUGGGCAAGAUAAAAUGAUAUGGUCUAUUCCAAUAGUUCUCGUCCAACAACAAAAAUUAAAUUUUCUUAAUUUUACACCACAUGUGUGGAUGAACAAAAAAGAAAUUACGAUUGAAGGACUUACACAUGAAUCGAACUUUAUAAUAGUUAAUCCGGAAGAAAUUGGUCCAUUCCCAGUUAAUUACGAUUUACAAAAUUGGAAUUUGCUGUCAGAAUACUUGCAGACAAAAGAUGGGCGAAACAAAUUGCCUUUAUAUACUAGAGCAAAGCUGUUGCAUGAUGCUUGGAAUUUAGCAUAUGCUGGAGAAUUAAGUUUUGCCACAGCAUUAAAUAUGACACUUUUCAUGGUUUAUGAGCGUAAUCAUGUUAUCUGGAAUCCUGUCUUUACAUUUAUUGACCACAUUAGUAAACAUAUUGACAUUUUAGUGAUAAAAAGCAAGUUUGAGGCAUAUGUAAGAGCAUUACUCACUCCAUUAUAUCUGGAACUUGGUGAGCAAAGUGAUAAAAGCGAAAACUGGAAAUCUGAUUUAAGGCGUUUGGCUAAAUCGUUUUUAUGCCGAGUAGGCUAUCGUUUAUGCAUUGAUGAAGCACAGAGAGCGUAUCAAGUAUGGAGGGAAAGUCCACACCCAGAUUACUCAAAUGCUGUUGCAAAUGAUUAUAUAUGUCCAGUGUUCAAAUGGGGCACAACUGAUGAAUGGGACUUUGGUUUACAACGCGUUAUACAAUUUCCAAAAAAUAGAACGCAAAGUGAAAGAACGUAUCUGUUGAAGAUGUUGGCUGGGUGCCCUAUUCAAGCUGAAAAAAUUUAUCGUCUUCUUAAUUUAACAAUUUUGGAAAGUAAUGAACAUUUUACAGAAACAGAUUUAUAUCUUAUUUUUAAUAUGUUAAAACGGGGAUCAAGCGGAUAUACAACCUUAUUCAAUUUUCUGUCAGAUCAUUGGGCAGAAAUAAAACAAAGAUUUGCUAAUAAAACAAACCUAUGGGAUAAUCUUAUAAAUGCAGCUACUGGAGCUUUUACAACUCAAGAAGGAUACGAUAUGGUUAGUCGCUUAUAUGAGUUACGAAAAAACGAAUUUGGAAGUGCCGAGCACAUAAUUAAAAAAUCGCUACAAAAUAUUAAAGAAGAAGCCAAAUGGACAAGUGAAAAUAUACCUGUCAUUGAGAACUGGCUAGACAAAUUUUUAGAAAAACAUAAUAUAGAAAAUAAUUGAAAUGUUCUAUAUAUAUGAAAUAAAAAACAUUUAUAAUGUACUGUAUGAGUAAGACAAUAAUGGAUAGUAUUGAGUAUCUGUUUCUGUUAACUUCAUAUUUGUUUUAUCAAUGUGACUGGAAGGAUUUAGUAAACUUAUACUAAUUUGCUUAAUAAGAUUCACAAAAUAACAUAAUUUCUUAUUAUUUAAUAUUCUAUAUUUUAUAAAAGUUAUUUUAUAUUUACUAAUACAAUAUAUGUACUCGGAAAUCAUUCAUUU